GCAGGGUCUCUCGAUCUCCCCGCUGUAGCUCCGUGACCGGCUUUACUCGGACCGAGCAGGGAUCGACUUCAGGUCAGGUAGGAGGGGACUGCUAUGGAGCUCGGGGGCGUGUCCAGAUCUGGGACGGCGACCAGAGACGUGUUCGGGAGUAGUCCGGCUCCGGGGCUGCGCUGCUCGGCGGCACUUGUUGAACUGCGGGGACCGAAGAUGAUUGCGGUUCGGAUCCCGUGGGUCGGACAGGAGGUGGCAGGAGACUCGGACAAGCUGCACACGGUCUUCCGGGUGGAGGUUGUGACCAAUGGGAGGAAACAUUUGGUGGACCGGAGGCACCGAGACUUUCAAGCUCUGCACAAGAAGCUGAAGAAGACGAUGAAGCCCCCAGACUUCCCGUUGAAGCGAGGCUUAAACCGUGGACCCAAGGCUUUGGAACAAAGGAGGAGUGGUCUUGAGGUCUACCUGCAGACCCUUUGCAACAAUCAGCUGAUUUCCCAGGAGAUCCGAGACUUCCUCAACAUCAAACACGUCCCGUCUGGGAAGCCCCCACGCUGCCUUAGUGCCCUGCAAGAGUCGGAGUUACGAAGCAACAGGUUUUGUCGCCAGGUGGUCACCUUCACCAAGGAUUCCUUCGGCCUGUCGGCGGACACAGAUACGCUGCCAAACAUGGUGGUGGUGGGCGUUCUGCAAGGACUGUAUGUGACCGAGUCCCUCUCUGAGCUGUGGCCCAACCCCAGCCCUGCUGACAAUGAUAGUCUCCAUGCAGAGCCUUGCCUGAGACUAGCACCAGCAAGUACCGCUGAUUAUUAAAGCAUCCCGUGAACCCAUCACCACAGCGUCUGUCCUCCACUGGGCUGGGAGGUGGAAGUGGUUCUGAUGUUGCUGUAACCCCGCUAUAA